UGACCCCAGCGUUUGUACUGUGGAGUGAAGGCUCAGGCUCUGGAGCGUAGAGAAGACAAAUUUACUACGUUAAAUGCAGAUUAACGACAGUAUUGCGUUAUUUAUCGUGCUUUCACCAAAACCAAGUCAGCGAAAAACUCAAUUUUCAAGAGUUACGCUAGAGUGGGCUAGUUUGCUAAUGGCAAUGCUAUAGUAGCUGAUCUGGCUCAUAUCUAGUUUUUAAUUUCGGAGUGGUUAGGAAACACAGUCGCAGCGAGACUCCAGAAGAUGACCGUUUCCGUUUUAUAUAACAUUAAUAUAUCAUAGCUACUAAAAUAGGUUCCCUUCUUCGUUUGUGUGUAGAGCAGAGGAAUUCGCUAUGAACUCGAAGCGCAACAGUGGUGAAAACGGCGCGGGCAGAAUCAACCCAGGGUCGGUACCAACAGCAUCAAACAGCUCAUCAGCGAGCGCCUCUCACCGUAAACAAACCAUAAUCGACUCGUCUCAUAAGGGAGAGAAGGAUGAGUGCAUACAAAACACAGUCCGGGACAAACACCUGUCCAUCUCCACACUCAGAACGCGCCUCGGACCGACCAUCCGCUCCACUCUGUCCGCGGCGGUGGACACCCUUCUGGGCGAGAUCGUGGCGGUGCUGUCCGAGACCCAGCGGGAGCUGCUGACCAAAGAGCAAGAGAACGAGAAGCUGAAGGUUCGACUCGAAGUCUCCGAGAGAGAGCUCAAGACGUUACAGGAGUGCCUGUGUAGCGCGCAGAAAUUAAUCGACCAGCUUCAGGGUCCCUUUGGGAACCCGUCCAUGCCGGGACCUCACGUCUACUCCACCGCUGGACCCGUGACCUCGAGCCGCUUGACACAUCGGAGUGCGACCGAGCCGGAUCCGCGCUGCUUUACUGGAGCCGAGCCCGAGUUGAGUGGCGCUCUUGGGGAUGCCAUACACGGCUUUGACUCCAGGGAGGAAUUCAAGAGCUGCCACCUCUCCAUUCAGGCGGACGGGACGGUGACGAACAGUUUUUAUGACCCUAUAUCCGUCCAUUCCUCUAACAUCUGUUCAGACAUAAACAGACCCAGUGAGAUGGUGGAUGACAGCAGAAGACUCACACACACCAGAGCCCAAAACCCUCCCUCACACACUAGCUUCUCCGUUAAAGAGGAGCAGGUUCCUUCCUCUGGACAGGUGUGUGUGCGGGGAGGAGAGGCUCCCACAGAAGCCGAGCACUCAGCACAGAGUGUGUGUGAUCUGGCAUACGUCCAUGUGGUUGAGGAAGAAGGAGGUUCCCGUUCACACCAUCACCAAUCCAAACCUACACCACCACCCCCCUCUAGGCCUCACAAUGGACCCUCCUCCAGUAGUUCACCAUCACAAGGAACCUCCGGACUGAGAUCAGCCCAGAGGGAUGCUCCUGGUUUGGGUAUAACCACCAGCAGAAGCCCUGGGGUGGGCGGCUCAUCGCCAGAAGAGCCCAUACGGCGCUCCAUCUCUGAGCUGAUGGGAGAGGCACCUGGGGAACGUCCUCACUUGUGUCUAGAGUGUGGCAAGACCUUCCGUCUGAUCUCCAGCUUGAAAAAGCACCUGAGGAUCCACACGGGAGAGAAACCAUACCCGUGCACUGUCUGUGGCCGCCGUUUCCGCGAGUCUGGGGCUCUUAAGACUCACCUUCGCAUCCACACCGGUGAGAAACCAUAUUCCUGCUCAGAUUGCGGAACGCAGUUUCGUCAUCUCGAUGGCCUGCGGAAGCACCGCCGCACACACACCGGUGAAAAACCAUAUGUGUGCAGCGUCUGCGGGAAAAGGCUCAGUAGGCUGCAGCAUCUGAAACACCACCAGCGCAUACACACGGGAGAGCGGCCAUGCUGCUGCCCACUUUGCCACAGAGGCUUUAAAGAUCCGGCCAGUCUGAGGAAACACCUCCGUGCACAUCAGGGUGAGCCUGGAGCGGAUGAAGCAAUGGGAAUGGCUGGUUUGGGAGAGGGAGGAUCCAUGGAUGAUGAGGAUAUGAGGUUCGGGAUGUGGGGGGAAGAGGAAGGGAAUGAAGGCGAGCCAGUGGAGGACUGUGUUUAGUCACUGUGUUUAGAGUUACAGCUAAGGAAAACAAACGUUAUUUUAAUAUUUAAAAUAACACUGGCUUAAAGGGUUAGUUCACCCAAAAAAAAAUUAGCCCAUAAUUUACUCACCCUUGAGGCAUCCUAGCUGUAUAUGACUUUCUUCUUUCAGACUAAUCCAGUCGGAUGUAUAUUACAACCCUCUAUUUUGCAAGUAAAUCACUUGUAUAUGCGACUAAAUCUUCACUCUUCAAAAAGGAUAAUUUACUCACCCUCAAAAUGUUUCUUUCUUCUGUUAAACACAAAAUAAGAUAUUUUGAAGAAUGUUGAGUAAACAAAAAAAAAAUACUGUUUGUUUACCAACAAUCUUUUGUGUUCAACAGAAAAAUGAAACUAAUAUAUUAUGAAAACAAAUUGAGAAUUGAGUUAAUAUGACAGGAAUUUUCAUUUGUGGGUGAACUAUUAAAAUCUUUUGUUUUUUUAUUUUUACUCUAAAUCAAAAUUUUGCUAUCUAUACAACAAAGGUUACAUCUUGUCCUGGACUUAAAAAAAGAACGGUCUGUGGCAACACUUUCUUGUAGAGAUUAACUUUGAAACCUAUAACAACAAGCUCAUUAUUUAACAAUGGUUAUGUAAAUUGAUCAUAAUGACUCAAAAAAACAAUACCUUCAAGUAAAUAUUAUAUCCCAUGACAUCUCAGAUGUCACAUCAUAUAGACCAGGGCAUGUAGACUUGCAGCUUUUGUUUUCUCUGUGUACUGUCUGUUAGUGUAGGGGCUGUUGACUCUCCACUGGUGCUGCUAACAGGGUAUCAUAAGAUCCAUUACUCACACAUUUUAUGGGUGUCGUCAUUGAUCUGCUAAUCAUUUUAAUGCGGCCUCUUUUAGAGAAAAAGCUACAAUGAACACAUUAAAGCCUUAACUGUGGUUAUAUUGCACAGGCUCCAUUACAGAUGUUCUUCAAGAGCUGUAGUGUUUUUUUUAUUUAUUUGGUUCUUCACCUUUAUAUCAUUUAAUGGCGUUCAGUGCAUUAUUAGAUUAAAGUGUUUGGAGGGUUUUGUGUUCAAGGUGUAGUUUAUUUCACAGGGUGCUGAUCCAAAGAAUGAGAAUUGUGACUGCCAGGGUUAAUUAAUCUGAGUUCAGAUGGCUCAUCUGUAAAAAUGUAUUUACAUAUCCAACUACGUUAUGUAUCAAAAUGCAGAUUGUUUUGAAGAAUGAAGGCUUCUCCUUGAGGUUGAGGUAUAAUGAGCCAGCACAGGAUCAAGUUAACCUUAAAAGUGCUGCCCUCUACUGGAUAAAUGAGGAAAAGACUGUUACUGCCAAGUUUUUUUUUUGGUUUGGUUCUCCUCCAAAGAUGGAGACAGAUUUUUUGUUGUGGCCAUGGCGUCAAUACUGUGUGACUUUGUGAAUACAGUUUUUUUUUUCUUAUAUAUAUGUAUAUAUAUAUUUCAUGAAAUGCCAUUUUGUACACUUGACUUGUAUAUCCUGUACAUUGAAUUGAAAUAGAUUAGUCCUAAAAAUCAAGCCAGAAACUGUAUCUUAAAAAGAUCCAUGACAAGGGUUUUAAUAACUCUGAACUAUUUAAACCGUUUACUUUGUUACAAUAUUUCUUUUGUUUCUGUGGCCACAUGUGAUGUUGAGUUUAGCUAUGUUGUUUCAGAUGUUUGAAGGUUGUGGUCCAUCUGUAGUUGAUUCAACAAGAAGUUCAACAAAGAUGACUAAGUAACACUCCAAAACAUCUUCAGUGUAAACAAUCAUUGGCCUCUUCCUUAGUAAAUCUGCAGAAUGGAACUUUGAUUACUACUAGACCAGUGUUUUGGGCUGGUCUGCAACCUUUUCAGUGUAAUGCUGUAAUACAAGCUGAGGGACAACAACUUCAGCCAAAUGAAGGGGAAGAAUCACAUUUUAAUUUAGUUUCAAUAUAUAGUAUGAUCAAAUGUAAUCUUACAUCUCUCCACAAUUAUAAUUCACUGUAAGAUAGAAUACAGGUCAAUUUUCUUUAAAAAUAAAUCAAUUCUGCUAUAACAUCUGUACUUCCAUAGUCUUCAGUAUGUAUUUUCUGUCAUUAUACUCUUUAAUUAAGUAUAAUAAACCAGUAUCUAUAACAGUAAACUUCACUCAUAUUCAGAAUGAUGUACCAACAGACUAUAAAAAUAUAAAUUAAAAAAAUGCAAAUGUAAUGAUUAUUAAAUCUGAAUUUAAAAUGUUCUUGCAAGAUUCUUGUGAUU